GACGCAAUUCUCACGCUGUAGUUUCAGUAUUCAGGCGUCUCUCGAUUCCCAAUUCCUCCUCCAUUGCUCCCUCCCUCAUGAACUGAACUUUCUACCCUAAUAUACACAAUAAAUUCCAUUAGAUAAAGCUUCAUACCUGUCUCCAUCGGCCCCUCACUCUCGAUUUACAGUAAAAGUUUCAUCCCCCUUCCCCCCACUCGAUUAUUUCCUCUCUCCACGUUCUGGUCAAGGUAUCUUAUGGAUGGACAAGAGAACGUACUCGAUGCCAUAUAUGAAGAUGAUGACUUGGAAAAUGACGAUGUUGAAAUGGCUGAUGUGGAAGAAGGAGAGUUCGUCGACGGCAACGUACCACAUGAUACAGAGACAAGCAGUCUUACAGAUGUCCAUGCACCAAGUAUAGAUCAUAAAAGUAAAAACCGUAGACGUCGGGCAAAGAAAAAGAAGAACAAAAGAAAGACUAGCGAGUCAGGUUCAAAUGGCACAGAUAUUAACAGGUUUGUGUUAGAUACAUGCCGGCGUUUGAAGGAGAAAAAAUCAUACAUGGUGUACACUGCUGUAGGUUGUCUGGGAGUCUCUGCAUUAAGCGAACUUAUCAACGAGGUCAAUGCAGUUCAGGCUUGUGGAGGUCAGAUGACUGCAGAUGGCCGGCGCUUUCGAACAGGAGGUGGUAUAUUAUGGAGCAUCAUCAAAACCCGGGAACCAAAUGCCUAUAAAGAGAUUAUGAAACGAGCGAAGGAAUUUGAGAAACAAUUUAAGCAACCAAAUCUCAGGGGGGAAGCAACAGGAACUGAGAAAGAGAACUCUGAAAAGGUUCUUCCCCACAUCUUCUCUGAUGGAUCUUCACGAGAUCAACCGGGUAUCGCCCAGAGCUUUACUCCAGAGCAAAAUCAAUCUAAACAACCAAAUUCUGAAGAAAAUCGAUUGUCUGUUCACGAUAGAAUAAGAGUACCAGURUCAUAUGAUGACGACCUCCUUGGAGAGAAUCUGAACGAAGAAGACAUGACUUGAUUGUGGUCAGAUCUUCCCAUUUUUUGAACACUUACUGCACGUUUUUAGUUAACGCCAAACAGAACUGACAGUAUUUUACCUCCGAAAAAAGAGGCGGAAGAAUGUUAUAUAAGCUGAGUUUGUUCCAUUUCUUUCCAGUGCUUCCAUAUGUUCUUUUGAUAUCAGAACACAGAAUUUUGCAGUCUGUUUUUGGCUACUACUGUGGUUGGAGCAUUCUGCCUUUUUCUGUUGAGGAUGGAAUGAAAGUUUUUUCUUUUCUGGGUUGUAAAUGGAAUUAAGGUUAUGCAAUUAUUUGUUCCUCUAA